AUGGCUGCAUAUGGUGGCCAUUUGGAUGUGCUUAUAUGGCUUCAUGACAGUGGUUGUCCAUGGGAUGCACAGACCUGCAGUAAGGCCAGUGCAAAUGGUCAUUUGAAUUUGCUGAUGUGGGCUAGAAAGAAUGGAUGCCCAUGGGACCAUGGGACUUGUCAUGACGCUGCCAAAAAUGGCCACCUUGACUGCCUCCAAUUUGCCCAUGAAAAUGGUUGCGCAUGGAUGGAAUCCACAUGCCAGAGUGCUGCAGAGAAAGGCCAUUUAGAUUGCCUGAAAUAUGCUCAUCAAAAUGGCUGUCCUUGGGAUGGGUCAGCUUGCACUGUUGCUGCCAGAAACGGUCAUCUGGAGUGCCUGAAGUAUGCACAUGAAAACGACUGUCCAUGGGGAAUUUAUGCUUGCAUAGGAGCUGCCAGGAGAGGCCAUUUGGCAGUGCUAAAAUAUGCCCAUGAACAAGGGUGUCCUUGGAAUGAAUCUGUAUGCUCUGCUGCCGCAGAAGAAGGCCACUUGAAUUGCCUCAAAUAUGCCCAUGAAAAUGGCUGUCCAUGGGAUGGGAGAACAUGUUCCUCGGCUGCAAAGGGAGGCCAUUUGAAAGAACUACAAUAUGCUCAUGAACAUGGUUGUCCUUGGGAUGAUUUAACUUGCUUAAUGGCAUUAUCGAAAGUCAAUUUUGAGUGCCUAAAGUUUGCUCAUGAAAACGGUUGUCCAUUGGAUCCAGUUCUUUUUGUCUGUUCUGCCGAACGAGGUGAUCUGAAAACCUUGCAGUGGCUCUUCGCAAACGGCUGCCCAUGGGAUGGAGUAGUAGCAGAAGUAGUACGCAAUGUUUCUGAACAGUAUGGACACGAUGAGAUACUGGAAUGGUGUGACGGUGAUGACAACGACAAUGAGGGAUCUACUUUGACGGCGGACCUACAAGAGAUUGACUGA